ACCCAGAAAGAGAAGAGCACUGAAAAUUAGUAAUAAUAAUAGUGGCAGAUCAGUGGAGAAAGACAACUAAUGGCUACAAAACCAGGAUUCCUCACUGACUGGCCUUGGAAGCACCUCGGUAGUUUCAAGUAUAUAAUAUUGGCUCCAUGGGGAAUGCAAAGCAUAUACAGAGCAGCAACAGAAGGGGAAAAGGAGAGGGACUACACAAACUUGCUCAUAAUCCCAUUCCUACUGUGGAGGGCUCUUCACAACCAGAUAUGGAUAUCCAUUUCUCGUUACCGAACAGCCAAAGGCAACAACAGGAUUGUCCACAGGAGUAUUGAAUUUGAACAGGUGGACAGAGAAAGCAACUGGGAUGACCAAAUUUUGUUGAAUGGAAUAUUGUUGUACUUCUUCAACACUAUACUGGGAAAGCCAGCUUUCCUGCCAGUUUGGAGGACUGAUGGUGUAAUUAUCACAAUCUUGCUGCACGUUGGCCCUGUGGAGUACAUCUACUAUUGGCUACAUAGAGCCUUGCACCAUCACUAUCUCUAUUCUAGAUACCAUUCUCACCACCAUUCCUCCAUUGUCACCGAGCCCAUCACCUCUGUUAUACAUCCUUUUGCUGAGCACAUAUCAUACUUUGUGCUGUUCGCAAUUCCCCUUCUUGGAACAGUGCUGAAUGGGACGGCGUCCUUGGCCUCCGUCUUCGGCUACAUCACCUACAUCGAUCUCAUGAACAACAUGGGCCACUUCCUCCACUACUUGAUGUAUACGCCCUCGUUUCACUCUUUGCAUCACACGCAAUUUCGAACGAACUACUCGUUGUUCAUGCCGUUCUAUGACUACAUUCAUGGCACCGUGGACAAGUCAUCCGAUGCAUUAUACGAGACGGCGCUCAAGAGGCAGGAAGAUUGUCCUGACGUCGUGCACUUAACACAUUUGACCACACCAGAAUCCAUCUUCCAUCUCCAAUUUGGACUGGCCUCUUUUGCCUCAAGGCCUCAGAGCCCCAAAUGGUACAUGUGGCCCCUAACAUGUUGGUCGAUGAUGCUGACUUUCAUCUUCAAACGGAAGUUUAUCGUCGAAAGAAAUGCGUUUGACAAAUUCAAGUUGCAGGCUUGGGCAAUCCCAAGAUACAGCAUACAGUAUUCACUAAAAUGGCAAGCACAAGCUAUCAAUGACCUGAUUGAAGAAGCCAUACUCGAGGCUGAAUCAAGAGGUGCCAAGGUUUUAAGCCUAGGCCUACUAAAUCAGGGUGAGGAACUUAAUAGAAAUGGAGCACUUUUCAUAGAAAAGUACCCGAAGCUAAGUAUCAACAUAGUGGACGGAAGUAGCCUGGCAAUUGCUCUUGUACUCAACAGCAUUCCCAAAGGCACAACUGAAAUCUUGUUCAGAGGCAGCCUCUCAAAAGUUGCUUAUGCCAUUGUUUGCGCUCUGUGCCAGCAGGGCAUUCAGGUGGCGACGUUCUACGAGAACGAGAAGCUCAAACUAUCUGCAGUGACUCAGAAUAAAGUGAUAGUCGCGAAAAGUUUCACUCAAAAGGUAUGGAUAGUUGGAGAUGGAGUUUCAGAUGAUGAACAGCUGAAUGCACCGAAAGGAACUCUCUUCAUUCCUUUCUCUCAAUUCCCUCCAAAGAAAACGCGCAAUGACGCCUUCUACUACCAUACGCCGUCUAUGCUGGCUCCCCCUUCCCUCCACAAUCUCCACUCUUGUGAGAAUUGGCUGCCAAGAAGAGUAAUGAGUGCUUGGCGGGUGGCUGGAAUAGUGCACGCGUUAGAAGGAUGGGACGUGCACGAGUGUGGUGACACCAUUUUCGACGUGAAGAGAAUCCUGGAGGCUGCGCUCAGACACGGAUUCCGCCCUACAACCGUUUCCACAUGAUGCAACAUUGUGCCCGGACAAAAUUAAAUUAGGCUUUGGACUUGUGCGGUUCAAAUGUAUGUUUCACCCAUAAUGCACCAUUACUAUGUCUUAUUAUUACUAUAUAUGUUUGGACUCAAUUCUGAAGUUUGAUCAGUUGGUUAUGUAAUUUUUCUUUCGUUGGGUCUGGUGGAAAACAAUUCCGUUUCAAUCUCAAUUUUCAAUUUCCAGAA